CAUCCCAAGGAUCCCAGAUAACUAAGACCCUGCGGUGACGUAAUGAAAAAAGCUACCAGAGGUGCGUUCAGUUCGCUUGAACGUUUGCUACGUUGCAGAACGGUUUGUACUGAACGACACGUUUCCCCAAAACGGUAUUGUACGUUCUUGAACAGACUUAAGCCAACUAACUAAGGAAGGGUUAUGUUUGCUACCGUUUGGUGGUGUGGCGAAUGGCCAUACUGACAGGGUUCCCCUACCCAUAACCAUUCCCCGUUAAUCAACCUGUCGGUCAGUACAUCGGCAUUUCAGUUCAAUUAAAAGUUUCAGAACGUAAAAACGUACUGAACGCAGCCCUUGAUUCUCUUGACAAGCAGCUGAACAAUUUGGAAACUUUCCCGAACUAACUCAAAGACAAAAGGAAAAAUUACUAAAAGUAGGGCCUACGUCGUUAUUUUCUCUUUUAUAAACGUGUCUAGGUGUUCAAAUGUGGAAUUAUUGAUGGAUUCACGGUAUGAAAUCCAACGGAGGGCCGGUGGUGGAUCAGCGAAUGCUUCCCCGGCUCUGGGGGCACAGUCUCGCCGCAGGAAGAUGCCGCCCAGACCCGCCGAUUAUAAACUUCAGAUCAUUAUCAUUGGCUCCCGUGGAGUAGGCAAAACCAGUCUAAUGGAGAGGUUUACCGACGACACCUUCUGUGAAGCAUGUAAAUCAACCGUUGGGAUACAGCUGGUCAGGAGAGGUUCAACAGUAUAACCUCAGCCUACUACCGUGGGGCCAAAGGCAUAGUACUGGUCUAUGACAUCACCAAGCAGGAAACGUUUGACGACCUUCCCAAGUGGAUGAAGAUGAUCGACAAGUAUGCUUCAGAAGAGGCAGAGCUGCUGCUGGUGGGGAACAAGCUGGACUGUGAGACGGACCGCAUCAUCACUAAACAGACUGCGGAGAGGUUUACCUCCAGGAUAUCUGGGAUGCGUUUCUGCGAGGCUAGUGCCAAGGAUAACUUUAACGUGGAGGAGUGCUUUCUGAAACUAGUGGACGACAUUCUAGCAAAGAUGCCUCUAGAGAUUCCCAACAGGAAGCUCUCCAACAGCAUCCUGUCUCUGCAGCCUGAACCAGAAGUGCCUCCCGAGCUCAACCCGCCACGCAUGCACUGUUGCUGAGAUGACUCCCCUCUCAACUCUCCAUCACAUCCCCCUCGACCACACCCCCCUCGACCACACCCCCCUCAACUACACCCCCUCGACUACACCCCCCUCGACUACACCCCCCUCGUCUACACCCCCCUCGUCUACACCCACCUCGACCACACCCCCCUCGUCUACACCCCCCUCGUCUACACCCCCUCGUCUACACCCCCCUCGACCACACCCCCCUCGACCACACCCCCCUCGUCUACACCCCCUCGUCUACACCCCCCUCGUCUACACCCCCCUCGUCUACACCCCCCUCGACUACACCCCCCUCGUUCUACACCCCCCUCGACUAUAUCUCUCCUCUCAACCAUUCUGGCCACCAGAGUGCAGCACAACCAAGCAGAAGUCCGAUAUCAGGAGGAGGAGAGUGAAGGCUGCAUUCCAAAUGGAAAUAGCUUCCAUAUAUAUAUAUAUAGUGCACUACUUUGUACCAGCGGCCUUUUAUAAGGCAUAGAGUGCCAUUUGGGAUGCAUCCGAAGAGUCAGUUGUUGCUGCAAGGAGCUUUGUACCCUCUGCUCUGACACCCCUUCUCUGAUCGAUGCUGUCACACCCCUUCUCUGACCCCCUUCUCUGAUCGAUGCUGUCACACCCCUUCUCUGACCCCCGCUCUAACCCCUUCUCUGAUCGAUGCUGUCACUUCCCUCUCUGACCCCUUCUCUGACCCCUGCUCUGACCCCCGCUCUAACCCCUUCUCUGAUCGAUGCUGUCACUUCCCUCUCUGACCCCUUCUCUGACCGAUUCGGCAUACUCUCAUUUCUACUUCUAUCCCGUAGCUGUAUGAUAUGACACGUCACACUAACACCCCCCCCCCACGUCCCUUUGUCUACACACACCUGUCCACGGACACCUGUCCACGGACACCUGUCCACGCGCACCUGUACACACGCACCUGUACACACGCACCUGUACACACGCACCUGUACACACGCACCUGCCCAGACUACCUCAUCCACGGGCCUGCUUGGCUAGCUGUGCCUCGCAGCCAAGUGCCUUCUAGGUAGAGAUUCCUCUGGUUAUAUAUACACACACACACACACACACACGCACACACAGACACACACACAUGGGGACAACUUGAGAAAGAAGAGGAACACACACACACCUGACUUCACUGAGGGAGUGGAGCUCCUGACCCUGCACUAAGUAUAUCUUACCUCUGAAGUCAGUAUUCUCUACUGUACAGGAAGGAACAUGGAUUCUCCUCAUCUAAAGUCAGUAUUCUCUACUGUACAGGAAGGAACAUGGAUUCUUGUCAUAUUGCACACUGCAACAUUAGAUAGAAAAUCUUCUCGUAUAUAGUUUCACAUAGACCGUUUUAACCCUGAUUUAUCACGUAGUAACUUGAAUUAGAUCCAGUAUUGGGUCUAGAGUCAGAUGAAAACAACAUGUUGAGAAAAGCUGUCUUUCAGGGCUGAAGUAAUCUAGAUAUACUUAGAAAACGGUCUUGGAUUGGACUCAUUUUAAAUCGACAGGAUCCUCGUGAAGAAUUGUGUGUAUUUACACAACCAAUAAUGACACAGCCUUAACAGUAGUUGGUUUGUUGUGUGUGUCGCCGUUCAUUUCUGUCUGUCUUGCCUUACAGUAUUAUAAGAGUGUCUUAGAAUGGUUUCCUGGUCUGUUUGUUCAUUGUACUGUUUUGCACUAUAAUCGAUGACAGCUAGUUAAACUCCUAUGCUAAAAUGUGGGUGGGGGGGAGUGCAAAUAUAAAGUAUUAAAUUAGUUAGCAGCACUAAUAAUGAUGAAUAAAAACAAACCUUGUUUCAAUGUUGAACCCUAUCAGUACUAUUCAUUAGUGCACACCGUAGCAAAAUGUUUUUUUGCAACGGAGACAAGUUUUUCUGAUUGGACAAUUCAGAUAGUCCCCUGUUUCAGUCUGUUUUCUUCUGUUUUGGUGCCUAGUGACAAUGUUUUUGAGUGGACAGAAGUGCAGUGGCUGAUGGGUAGUGUAGUUUUUGAGGCAUCUACGUACAGUCACUAUGAAGACAGGAGGAGGCUACGUACAGUCACUAUGAAGACAGGAGGAGGUAGCUACGUACAGUCACUAUGAAGACAGGAGGAAGUAGCUACGUACAGUCACUGAAGACAGGAGGCUACGUACAGUCACUAUGAAGACAGGAGGAGGCUACGUACAGUCACUAUGAAGACAGGAGGAGGUAGCUACGUACAGUCACUAUGAAGACAGGAGGAAGUAGCUACGUACAGUCACUAUGAAGACAGGAGGAGGCUACGUACAGUCACUGUGAAGACAGGAGGUAGCUAAGUACAGUCGCUAUGAAGACAGGGGGCUACGUACAGUCACUAUGAAGACAGGAGGAGGCUACGUACAGUCACUAUGAAGACAGGAGGAAGUAGCUACGUACAGUCACUAUGAAGACAGGAGCUACACUAUAUACACAACAGUAUGUAGACCCCUUUCGAAUGAGUGGUUUGGCUAUUUCAGCCACACCCGUUGCUGACAGGUGUAUAAAAUCGAGCACACAGCCAUGCAAUCUCCAUUGACAAUCAUUGGCAGUAGAAUGGCCUUACUGAAGAGCUCAGUGACUUUCAACGUGGCAUCGUAUUAGGAUGCCACCAUUCCAACAAGUCAGUUUGUUAAAUCUCUGCCCUGCUAUAGCUUCCCCCGGUCAACUGUAAGUGCUGUUAUUGUGAAGUGGACAUUUCUAGGAGCAACAACGGCUCAGCCGAGAAUUGGUAGACCACACAAGCUCACCGAACGGGACCGCCGAGUGCUGAAGGACAUUGUGCAUAAAAAUGGUUUGUCUUCGGUUGCAACACUCACUAUCAAGUUCCAAACUACUUCUCGAAGCAAUGUCAGCGUAAUAACUGUUCGUCGGGAGCUUCAUGAAAUGAGUUUCCAUGGCCGAGCAACCGCACACAAGGCUAAGAUCACCAUGCACAAUGUCAAGCGUCGGUUGGAGUGGUGUAAAGCUCACCGCGAUUGAAACUCUGGAACAGUGGGAACGGGUUCUCUGGAGUGAUGAAUCAUACGUCACCAUCUGGCAGUCCAACGGAAGAAUCUGAGUUUGAUAGAUGCCAGAAGAACGCUACCUUCCCCCAUACAUAGUGACAACUGUAAAGUUUGGUGGAGGAGGAAUAAAGAGCUCUGGGACUGUUUUUCAUGGUUCGGACUCGUUAGUUCCUCGUGUUUUCACUUCCCCUGAGUUGCAAUACCACUUAAAGAUGAUCCCUCCAUAAAGAUGUUAUAAUUUAUGCGUUGAAUUUAGAAAGACGAACGCUAUAAGAUUUUUUUUUUCAAUUCCAUUGUUGUUGGAAAGGUUUGGUGGUGUCAAAUUGCACAAACAGUAUUGGGAUGACUCCAGAAUAGACCUUGACUUGACUCAUGGAUUGAUAUAUAAUGAACUAUUAACCUCAAUGCCUAGGUCUACAUCUGCUGUCGGUCUACAUUGAUCAAACCCCAACCAGACACUAUUGAAAUUGUCAGAAAAGAGACAUAUCUAUGUGAAGUUAAUGAUGUUUCAGACCAGUUAGAGAGUCCAUCCUGCCCAGAUUAGCUAGUUGUCAUAGUAAUGUUUGAAAGAUAAACCUAAGAUCUGAAGCCUACCAACCUACUGAAAAUGAAAUAAAUGUUCGGCUUGUUUUGUGUCGAGAAGAGUGUCGCUCACAUUGGUCUUUGCUUAAAUUGGGAUUCCAACAUGUUUUAUCAAUAUGCGCAUAAUGGUUUAGGUCAAUAUGCAAAAAAAAUAUUUUGAAGUAAACUAACAGACUUUAUGUAAGAAGACACAGAAUCCUAAACCCCUAGAGAAUAAUAGCUUGAUCUAAUAAAAAAUAAAAAUAAACACCUUUGUCUGCCAGUUGUAUUAUUUAUCAUCGAUUGGCUAAUUUAUGCACCUAAAGAUUUUGUCCAGUGAUAUACCUGACCCUGAUACCUGUUCAGUAAACUGUUAUUACUAACCCCAAUGGUCACUGCUGAUUGGCUAGUCAGUACAACUAAGUCAAAUACACUAAUGCACUGAUUCAAUGACACGUAACUCACCUGUCCUAAUCCUUGAGCAAUUAGGGAGGAAUAGACACGAAUUGACCUUUUUAGAUUAGUGUCUAGUGGUCCCUACUUCAUAUAUAACUGUCAUUUAACCAGCGCUGUUAUCUUUUUCUGCUUGGUUAUUGGGGUCCCUUCUAGGAUCUUGAUUAUUGGGGUCCCUUCUAGGAUCUUGUUUAUUGGGGUCUCUUCUAGGAUCUUGAUUAUUGGGGUCCCUUCUAGGAUCUUCAUUAUUGGGGUCCCUUCUAGGAUCUUGAUUAUUGGGGUCCCUUCUAGGAUCUUGAUUAUUGGGGUCCCUUCUAGGAUCUUGAUUAUUGGGGUCCCUUCUAGGAUCUUGAUUAUUGGGGUCCCUUCUAGGAUCUUGAUUAUUGGGGUCCCUUCUAGGACCUUGAUUAUUGGGGUCCCUUCUAGGACAUUGGUUAUUGGGGUCCCUUCUAGGACCUUGGUUAUUGGGGUCCCUUCUAGGAUCUUGAUUAUUGGGGUCCCUUCUAGGACCUUGAUUAUUGGGGUCCCUUCUAGGACAUUGGUUAUUGGGGUCACUUCUAGGACCUUGGUUAUUGGGGUCUCUUCUAGGAUCUUGAUUAUUGGGGUCCCUUCUAGGAUCUUGAUUAUUUGGGUCCCUUUUAGGAUCUUGGUUAUUGGGGUCCCUUCUAGGACCUUGGUUAUUGGGGUCCCUUCUAGGACCUUGGUUAUUGGGGUCCCUUCUAGGACCUUGGUUAUUGGGGUCCCUUCUAGGACCUUGGUUAUUGGGGUCCCUUCUAGGGCCUUGGUUAUUGGGGUCCCUUCUAGGAGCUUCAUUAUUGGGGUCCCUUCUAGGACCUUGGUUAUUGGUCCCCUUCUAGGAUCUUGAUUAUUGGGGUCCCUUCUAGGAUCUUCAUUAUUGGGGUCCCUUCUAGGAUCUUCAUUAUUGGAGCCCCUUCUAGGACCUUGAUUAUUGGGGUCCCUUCUAGGAUCUUGAUUAUUGGGGUCCCUUCUAGGACAUUGGUUAUUGGGGUCCCUUCUAGGAUCUUGAUUAUUGGGGUCCCUUAUAGGAUCUUGAUUAUUGGGGUCCCUUCUAGGAUCUUGGUUAUUGGGGUCCCUUCUAGGAUCUUGGUUAUUGGGGCCCCUUCUAGGACCUUGGUUAUUGGGGCCCCUUCUAGGAUCUUGUUUAUUGGGGUCUCUUCUAGGAUCUUCAUUAUUGGAGCCCCUUCUAGGAUCUUGAUUAUUGGGGUCCCUUCUAGGAUCUUCAUUAUUGGGGUCCCUUCUAGGACAUUGGUUAUUGGGGUCCCUUCUAGGACCUUGAUUAUUGGGGUCCCUUCUAGGACAUUGGUUAUUGGGGUCCCUUCUAUGAUCUUGGUUAUUGGGGUCCCUUAUAGGAUCUUGAUUAUUGGGGUCCCUUCUAGGAUCUUGGUUAUUGGGGUCCCUUCUAGGAUCUUGGUUAUUGGGGCCCCUUCUAGGAUCUUGUUUAUUGGGGUCUCUUCUAGUAUCUUCAUUAUUGGGGUCCCUUCUAGGAUCUUCAUUAUUGGAGCCCCUUCUAGGAUCUUGAUUAUUGGGGUCCCUUCUAGGAUCUUCAUUAUUGGGGUCCCUUCUAGGAUCUUCAUUAUUGGAGCCCCUUCUAGGUCCUUGAUUAUUGGGGUCCCUUCUAGGAUCUUGAUUAUUGGGGUCCCUUCUAGGAUCUUGAUUAUUGGGGUCCCUUCUAGGAUCUUGGUUAUUGGGGUCCCUUCUAGGAUCUUGGUUAUUGGGGUCCCUUCUAGGAUCUUGGUUAUAGGGUGCACUUCUAGGAUCUUCAUUAUUGGAGCCCCUUCUAGGACUUUGAUUAUUGGGGUCCCUUCUAGGAUCUUGGUUAUUGGGGUCCCUUCUAGGACCUUGAUUAUUGGGGUCCCUUCUAGGAUCUUGAUUAUUGGGGUCCCUUAUAGGAUCUUGAUUAUUGGGGUCCCUUCUAGGAUCUUGGUUAUUGGGGUCCCUUCUAGGACCUUGAUUAUUGGGGUCCCUUCUAGGACAUUGGUUAUUGGGGUCCCUUCUAUGAUCUUGGUUAUUGGGGUCCCUUAUAGGAUCUUGAUUAUUGGGGUCCCUUCUAGGAUCUUGGUUAUUGGGGUCCCUUCUAGGAUCUUGGUUAUUGGGGCCCCUUCUAGGAUCUUGUUUAUUGGGGUCUCUUCUAGUAUCUUCAUUAUUGGGGUCCCUUCUAGGAUCUUCAUUAUUGGAGCCCCUUCUAGGAUCUUGAUUAUUGGGGUCCCUUCUAGGAUCUUCAUUAUUGGGGUCCCUUCUAGGAUCUUCAUUAUUGGAGCCCCUUCUAGGUCCUUGAUUAUUGGGGUCCCUUCUAGGAUCUUGAUUAUUGGGGUCCCUUCUAGGAUCUUGAUUAUUGGGGUCCCUUCUAGGAUCUUGAUUAUUGGGGUCCCUUCUAGGAUCUUGGUUAUUGGGGUCCCUUCUAGGAUCUUGGUUAUUGGGGUCCCUUCUAGGAUCUUGGUUAUAGGGUGCACUUCUAGGAUCUUCAUUAUUGGAGCCCCUUCUAGGACUUUGAUUAUUGGGGUCCCUUCUAGGAUCUUGGUUAUUGGGGUCCCUUCUAGGACCUUGAUUAUUGGGGUCCCUUCUAGGAUCUUGAUUAUUGGGGUCCCUUAUAGGAUCUUGAUUAUUGGGGUCCCUUCUAGGAUCUUGGUUAUUGGGGUCCCUUCUAGGAUCUUGGUUAUUGGGGCCCCUUCUAGGACCUUGGUUAUUGGGGCCCCUUCUAGGAUCUUGUUUAUUGGGGUCUCUUCUAGGAUCUUCAUUAUUGGGGUCCCUUCUAGGAUCUUCAUUAUUGGAGCCCCUUCUAGGACCUUGAUUAUUGGGGUCCCUUCUAGGAUCUUGAUUAUUGGGGUCCCUUCUAGGAUCUUGAUUAUUGGGGUCCCUUCUAUGAUCUUGGUUAUUGGGGUCCCUUCUAUGAUCUUGGUUAUUGGGGUCCCUUCUAGGAUCUUGGUUAUUGGGGUCCCUUCUAGGAUCUUGGUUAUUGGGGUCCCUUCUAGGACCUUGAUUAUUGGGGUCCCUUCUAGGACCUUGAUUAUUGGGGUCCCUUCUAGGACCUUGAUUAUUGGGGUCCCUUCUAGGACCAGAUUCAAGUCUUUGGAGUUCAUGCAAGCAAGGCGUUUGAGGUUUUCACUUGGAAGCGUUUCAGUGCUGAGUUUUGGGGUGCAUGUGGUAUUGGUUACAUGCAGGGUGGAAUUGGGUGGGGAAAAUGAGCUGAAUUCCUAGUACUAUGACAACUUAGCAAAAUGUGGUAACUUAGCCAUUUUUAUUUUUCCUUCAAUUCCACUCCUGGUUACAUGUUUUAGAUUGAUUCUUGAUCUGUGCUUCCCAUUCUAACAAUCAAUUAAAAGAUUCUAAGAUUGAUUCAAGAUUGAUCGAUUGAGAUCAGAUAUUAAACAAAUGUACACUAACACGGUUAGCAAUUUAACAUGGCAUUAACCAUGAUCUCUGUCCUAUAGACAAGCCUUACUAUACUGUGCUGUGUCAGAUUACAAAUACUCUUUACCAUGCAGUCUUCUGUAACAUACAGUAUAUGUGUCCUCUAAACAUGAAAGACUAUACAUUGUAUCGGGAUUGGCGUCAGUCAAUUCAGGAAGUGAUAUGAAUUUUUAAAAUCCAAGCAUGUAAAAAAAUAAAAAAUGCUUAAGAUAAAUGUUCUUCUCCUUUUCAGACUACCCAGAAGUCACUGAAAAUAGAUGCCCUUUUUCAGUUAAUUUCCUGAAGUCGUUGACUUCCAUUGGAAUUGACCCUGUACCUGCUUUGUAUUAAUCAAUUAGUUAUUUGGAAGAUAAAAACAGUUGGCAUGUUUUUAAAGUGGAUUUGUGGUAUUUUUUAACUAAUGAAGUGAAAAUAAAGAGAUAUAUUUAU